GCAGGAAGCGCAGCCACAUCCACAGCAGCAUCGAGUGAAACUGCAGACAGCUCGACCUGAACGCCUGAACGAGGACUGAGAAUAGACUAAUUCGACACCAUGUUUUGGAGACUUUUCUUCGUGACAAUAUUACUAGCCUUCUUCGGAUCAUUGACGAGUCAGGGACUGGCGCAGGAUGACGAGUGUGGUACCACCUUGAGUUGUCAAGAAUGUGGAAAUAAGACUCACUGCAAGUGGAUGAACUGCUCAAGUACUUUCAAAUGUGUUAAUGGAAGUGCUGAGAAUGCAACACUUGGCUGCGAAAGUGCGGAAUGUACAGUGACAACACCGUCCCCGCCAGUGAUCACCACCACAAAUGGUACCACCACCACCACAAAUGGUACAACCAAUGGUACCACAACAGUCUCCACCACAUCAGUUGCUCCGACUCAAAACAGCACAGUCACAAACACCACGACCAUGUCGCCUACUACUUCUCCAUCGAAAUCAUCCACAUUUGAUGCCGCCAGUUUCAUCGGGGGAAUUGUGUUAGUUCUUGGCCUUCAAGCUGUCAUCUUUUUCCUCUACAAGUUCUGCAAAUCCAAGGAUCGCAACUACCACACCCUGUAACAUGCUGCCACCUGGAGGCACCACACGGCACCACAAAACCCACACUCCGACCCAAAAAGAGAGAGAGACAUUUUAAACAGAUUCUGUAAAACACCCUUAUGAUUCCACCAUGUUUAGCCUCAUAUUUGACAUUUAAUUCUUGUGAUUUGAGCUUUUUGGUUCGUUAAUGUUAGAGCUCUCACAAGCACUCAAGUUCAUUAACACAAAUACAUUCUACGAGUAAUGCCCCAAGUCUUUUUGAGCAGUGGCAUUAUGGGGUAUGCAAAAUGUGUCCUGUUUUCAUGUACAACUACAUUUUUCCAAAUUAUGUCCGUAAAUGUUUCAUAAUAUGACAACACGGCAAUUUGUCUCCUCGAUAUUAUGGUGUUCCCCUGAAAGGCAUAAGAGGGGGCGCCCCUACGUCGCAAUUUCCCAGUGUUAAUUUCAGAUACCCUCACUAGAACAGUGUUUUACACAGUUGGCAUGACUGAUGUUCUCAAUAUUCUAGCAAAUCUAUCCUCAUCAUUAUCACCAAGUACAAAAAUAAUAUCUGUAGAGUUCAGGACUGAAUGAGCAAUCUAUUUCCCCUUCAUUUCAAAUCUGUUCUGCAUUUUCAUCACAUAAUCCUUCGGGUUGUAUCUGUCUGUUGUGUGGUGUUUGAUUUAAAAUCUUUUUUGGCCAUUCCUCUCAUUAACGCCAACCAAGAGAGCCAAAAUGUUUGCAAUAAAUUACAUUCCCCAGCUUAUUCCCUUACCGUUAACCAUCUACAGUUAGAGAACCAGUUGUUAAAACUGGCCUCUCGCUCCUUUUUUCUCCCCCAAAUGGACUGGAGUGCUGGGUAAUAUCAGAGCAUUCUAUCACUGUGGGGGACUUACCAGCCAUUUUAAGUUGUACUUUAGGGAGUUUAUGUGGAUUUGGAAAAAAAAAAAAAGAGCUCAGCCAAUCCAGUUCUACUAACAGCCGAAAUGAGUCUUCAGUAGAGUUAGUUGAUUCUGCCGAACAUGCGAAUAGAAUGAGGCACUAUGAGAGCGAAGGAUCUAUGAUCCCAUUCGGAAUGAUUGACAGUUUAGUCAAAGUGCCUUUAGGUGGAGGCAGUGGCUUGCUGCCUUAAAAGUGAGCCUUAAAAGUGUGAAUGCGUUCGUGUUGGGCCUCUAUCGAGGCCGGGCUCUGUGUAAGUGUGUCUGCCUGUAUGUCGGUGUGUUUAAAGACACGCAUGCGUGCUUGUUUCAAUGAAGUAGAUCUAGUGUCUGCCAGCUGGACUGAUCGCUAUAUUAUACAGAGUAGAUAAUUACAAAUGAAUUCAUUUGUUGGAUUAACAUGUCAUGUUUCCCAAAAGCUUCUCUCAGUUCUCGAUUCAUUUUUUUUUUUUCUUUUGCAGAAAUGUCAGAUUCUAGCACUCCCAUUGGAACUCUUUGACCAUAAACUGAAUCAAUAUUAUUAUAUGUAAGGCACUAAAAUGUCUUAAGCUGAGGUGUACGUACGUACAUAGCUCCUGAUGUUUUUUUUUUUUUUUUUUUGGAAUACUGUUAAAUACCCUUAAGAGAACUGAAAUAUGACCUAGAGAAGUGCUUUGCUUAUUCUGUUUUUUCUAUUGCUGCAAUCAUUUGAUGGAGUCUUAGUAUAGAGCUGUGUCAGUCUCAUAAUUUAAUGCUUCGGUUUGAGUUCUUGAAAUAUAGUUGAGUUUGGGUAGAUUUGAUUCAAACGCAGAACUGACCUACACUACGCCUAAUUCCUGCCUUGCUGAGCAUAUUUCAUUUGGUACUUUGUUCGUAAAAUCAUUUGUCUGGCUAGUGUGUUGGCACGUUUAUAGGCCAAGUGCCUGUUUUUUUUCUUCAUUCCUGUGUUAUGAAAUUCGAAAUGUAAUAAUCUUGAUUAGCUUGCUGCUAAUAACUUCCUCUGAGAGUCGUAACGUCGUUGGCUUGGGAAGUGAUUCAUGUUAUUUGGGUUGCAAAUUUUGUAAUGGCAGAAAUGAAUCGUUUUUGUUUGGUGCGUGCUUUCGUUUUCAUCUGCUUUGACAUCCUAAUGUCAAAAUGUUCCAUUCCCAGCAUUGUGUUAAUUGCAUGUUUCUCAGAAGAUGACUGUUAAGGCCUCACUUUCUUUCUUGAACCACUCUAAUUGCUUGUCCAUUGUCGUAUCACGGUGCUUAAAUGCCAAAGGUGUCUAUUUUAGCACGAGUCACUGAAAAGCUGCUAUAAUGCGUGCCCACAGUGUAGUCAGAUGAAAUCCUAUUGUUUGCUCGCUUCAGCUUUGCCAAAUUAAAAACACUGUUUACUUAAGCAAAGUUAAUGCUGCACAGUGUUUCGAUUGUAAUUUCUUUUAAUAAUCAACAAAUACACAACUCACAGUAUUGUCUGUUUAGCAUCAGGCUACAUCCAAAGAUCCCACUUAAUUGCAAAUGGAUUUUAGCUGUGCAUGCAAAGGGCUGUAAAGGAUGUUAUAUCAUCGGGUAAACUAUUCAUUUUAAUUCCAUAUUCAGAGCUCAAAGUCCUCUCACACUCAGAGAAUUCAAUCUAACUUCUAGUCUGUGGCCUUGAUUUCUUCCGCCAUUAUGUUUGUCUGCAUGCAUGCAUCAGAUUUCCACCGAAACAGCCAUAACAAUGCCAUCGCUCCGAGCUAGUGUUGCAUUCCUUGCUGCACCUUUUGAAUAUAAAGUGCCUUAAUUAUUUAAGAUUAGACGAUGAAGAUUAUUAUUUUCAUGAAGACCUGCAUUCAAAGGGACUUGAACGUUUUCGAGUGAAGGUUUGGUUUACUGAAGUUGUGAGCGGAAAAUGAGGUACAUGGAGUAUAGCAUCUUGCUUGUGCCACCAUUUGUUAUCUAAAACCUAAGAUUUAAUUGAGUUAUUAAUUUUUUUUUUUUUUUUUUUUAAACUGUAGUUACCUUUGGCCUGUUGUCCUGUAGUGCAUUUUUUAUUGCUUCACAUAAACAUGCAUAUGCCCCACACAUGCUCUUGUCAAAAGACGACACUUACUGUUGUGUCUGUGUCCAGAAAGUCUGCCUUAAUUGUUUUAUGCUCUAUGUUGGUUUUAUUUCUCUGGAACUCUUUCUUUUGUUCUUGUUUGCCCUCGUUUCGGAUCUGCAUUCGCAAUUAGGUUGAAAAUGUGAUUAAUUAAUUAAAGUUUGAGUAUUGUAAAACA